AUCUGGUGACUGAAGAUUACGUGGUGAAGUUAGUUAGCCAGCUGCUAGCCUCGACAAAACGGUCACACACAGAUGUAACUCCUGGAGAAAUAUUUGCAUUAACCGUGAUUUCCAUUACAAUGAACCUCAGUUCUGUCAGAGUGUAUGGAGUUUUUACGAGUCAAGGCGGCAGAGAGUAACACCAGAAUGAGAUCUGCAUACGCCAUGGAUAUAAGCCGGUCUGCUUUACGAGGACCCUAAAGUGUCUCAAUCAAGAGACAUUCAAAUCAUUGCUUCACACACACAGCUAAACGCUACAUCUAGACUACAGAGAUGUUCGCAAAGUUGAAGAAGAAGCUGGCAGAGGAGGCCGCCACUGCCCCUCGCUCCGGCCGCAUCCCUCGCUCCAUGAGCAAGGAGUCCAUCACGUCUGUGGGCGCAGAUUCAGGCGAUGACUUUGCGUCUGAUGGCAGCAGCUCCAGAGAUGAUGUUUCUUCUCAGAUUCAGCGCAGAAACGAUCAGAUACGAAAGCUGGAGGCCAAACUCUCAGACUACGCUGAGCAGCUUCGGCUAAUGCAGAAGACCAAGGAGAAGCUUGAGAUUGCAUUAGAGAAGUAUCAGGAUUCAUCCAUGCGCAAAUUUCAGGACCAGAAUGAAACUUUCCAGUCCAACAGAGCCAAGAUGGCAGAGGGCAUGUCCUUAGCAUUAGAGAAGAAGGACCAGGAGUGGAUGGAAAAGCUAGCUAUUCUGGAACAGGAGAAGUUGUCACUGGCAGCUCGGCUAGAUGAGAUGACGGAGCAGAGUUUAAGUCUGUUCCAGAAGAGAGAUGACUUGGAUGAGCUGGAGGGCUUUCAGCAGCAGGAACUGGCCAAAGUCAAACACAUGCUGCUGAGGCGAGAGGAACAACUGAGUCAGCGGGAGAAAGAGCUCAAACUGAGAGGAGAGGAGCUGAACACAGCGAGACUGACCCUGAGCCAAACCCAAGACAAGCUGUAUGAGCUGGCAGAGGAACACGAGGAGAUGUGCAGGAUCAACUCACAGCUACAGGUCCAAAGGUAUGUGAAGAGGGAUGAGUUGUUGAAUGAGAGAACAGAUGCUGAAAGGAGGGUUGUGGCUCUGGAGAGGAGAGAGCAGGAGUUACAGCGGCUGAUCCAGCAGGUGUCAGAGGAUUUCCAGAAGGCACAAAGCAGUGCAAAGGCACUCGAGAAAUCAAUGGAGCAGCUCCAGUCUGAACACAAUAAGCUGGAGCUACAGCACGAACAGCACAAGAACAAGGUGGCAGUGACAGAGGAGGAGCGAGAGCGUGUAAUGGCUGAUUUGCAGGAGAAGGCUGCUUCCUUAGAAAGGAGACUAGAAGCGAACUUCUCUCUGGAUGAGCACCUACAGGAACUGCUCAAAGAGAAGUCUUCAUUGGAGCAUAGGUUAGAGGGGGCCAGAGGAGAGUUACUGGAGGAGAGAACAAAUCACACCACUGCAGUCACUUCACUGGAGGCCCAGAUCUCUCGGCAGAACGCCAGCAUCACAGAUCUGCAGACUCUGGUCAAGCACAAAGACGACUCGUCCAGGGCUUACAGAGAGAGGACAGACACACAGAUAUCAGAUCUGGAGCAGAGACUGGCUGACUGCACUGAGAAGAUGAAGAGUCUGCAACAGCAACUUGAAGACCGUGAAACGCAUGCAGAAAAACUGCAGGCAGAGUGGGCAGAGGAGAGAGAGAGACUACAGCAACAGGUCUCGACACAGAGACAGAGAGGCUUGGAGAAAACAGCCAGACUGGAGGAGGAACUUCUUACUCUACAGAGAGAGAGAGAAACCGAGGCAAGCAAGCAUCAGGACAACCUGCGGUUACUGGAGAAGGAAAAAGCUUCACUGUUGAAGAGCAAAGCUGAGGUUGACAGCACUGUCGAGAGACUGACCGCAGAACUAGAGCAGUCCAGAGCAGAGUUGAUCAGCAGACAGACUGUAAGCGUUGAAAUUGCCAAAGCUCUGGAGGAAACCAGAAAACAGAGAGAAGAACUCCAACAACAGGUCGGCAAAAUGACAGAGUCUCUUGAGAAGGCGGAACAGGAAGCGAGUCGUCUUUCUCAGGAUUUAGGAGCAAAGGAGGAGGAACUAAACACGCUGAAGGAAGAGCUGCGGGCGGUCCGUAGCAGUCUGUCUACUCUGCAGGCUGAGUGUGAGUCUCGUCGUUUGGAGGCUGAGGAGAGAGAGCGAGAACACAACUCUCAGCUGACGUCACUGCAGCAGGAAGUCCUCACAAAAACACAACAACUCUCUUCAUACCAAUCACGGGUGUCUGAUCUGGAGGGUGAGGUGUUGAGUUUAACAGCACAGUCACAUGCAGAUGCGUGUGAUGGUGAGCAGAACGGGACGCUUACUGUAAGUGAUCUUGACCAGUUGCAAAAGGUCAAUAAAGACCUGGAGCAACAACUGGCCGAAAAGAACAAGACAAUAAAGCAGCUACAGCAGAGGCUUGCAGAACUCAAGAGGACACUGCAGAAAGAGCUGAAACUGAAGCCAGAUCCUGACUCUGAGAUGAAGGAGAGACUCCAGGAAGGCAGGCAGGAGAGAUCAGCUGAUAAGACUGUCUCAGAGACACAGAUGCCCGCCACAGCUCCAACCUCAGCUCCAGGACUCCCUCAAACUUCAGGCCCGCCUCCCAUCACCUCCAACACCACAGUCACCAACAGUUCAGACCUCACAGACACAAGAGAGAUCAACUUUGAGUACCUCAAACACGUGGUGCUGAAGUUCAUGUCCUGCAGAGAGGCAGAGGCUUUCCAGCUCAUCAGAGCCAUUUCUGUACUUCUGCAUUUCACAAAAGAAGAAGAGGACAUGCUCAAACAGACACUGGAGUACAAGAUGUCAUGGUUUGGUUCCAAGCCCACACCCAAAGGUAUCAUACGGCCUUCCAUCUCAGGAACCUCUAGUUGGAGCUGAGAGACAAAUACUCUGGAAAAAAAGUGAAAUAGGGAAUAGUGAAUGAUCUCAGUAGAAAACUACUGACGUCUGGAGGGAGCAAUUGCCGACUCCGCAGUUUCAGUCUCUGCCUCAACAGUUCCUAUGUAGCUCAUACCCUUUAAACAAUGGGACACAAAACAACUCUCUCCAUUUUUCACUAAAAUAUUGCAGGGACUGGAAACAAAUGCUUUAUCAACAUCUUUUCGUGACUGGGGAAUUUCAUCUUUUAAGUAAUGGUUAAAAGGCAUCAUCCGUCUCAUUCAUAUCCUCCGUAGUUUCUACAACUGCUGUUUCCAACAUCCUUCAACUGGAAAAGGAUGGAAAACGAUUCUUAUUUUCAUUUAC